AGUCGAAAAUGGAUCAUGGAUUCAACGAUAAUCAACCUGUUGAGAAUAUCGUCAACUAAUUUGACAUAUGUCAUGGGGAUUUGUUCAUCGGCAAAUUCAGAAGGAAAAAUUGCCUUUCUUCCGUAUACCACUUCAUGGGGAGUUACACCAGUAGAUUCAUCAACAGAAGUAUUAAAUUAAAACAUGACAUACGGCAACCGCAAAUCCCAAUUCGAUUUCCCACAAUAAUGGCGAAGAUAUUCCACAAAAGGGUGGUGUCUUCGCUCAAGAGCUCCCCGAGAUAGUGAAUGGACAUCCAAAUCUGCAUAUAAAAUGCUCAGCGAAAGCAACUGCAAUUGUAGGAGCAUCUAUCUUUGCUAGCGGAAUUGCACCCGAAUAUUUUGAUAAACAAUCUUGCUAUGUUAGGAUAUAUUCGUUUUUUAAAUCUGAUUCAGAAGAAAGCAAGAACAACCUCUCUACUGGAAAUUUAUGAUUCCAAAAUUCAUUCUCCGGAGGAGGAGUUUCAGCACCAUCAACGGCGUGCACUCCCGCACCACACUGAUCCUCAUCCUCCGAGACUUCCGAAUCUAUGUCCAUAUUAUCAUCUUUUACUGACUCAACUAUCGGAUUUCGUGAUAGUGCAUCUGCAUUUGAGUUUACUCUCCCUGGUUUAUGCUGAACAUGAAAUUCAUAUUCUCUUAACUUUAUCUUCCAUCCUGCCAAUCUGGAUCCCAAAGUAGGAUCAUUUAAUUGGUGCAACCACACUAAAGGACGAUGGUCCGUGACUAAUAUAAAUUUUCCACCAUAAAUAUAAGGGCGAAAU